AUGUUUAUUCAGUUAUUUACCUCAUGGAUUCUCCUGGCUCUCCCAUUUUUCAUCUUAAUCAUCAUAAAAACCUCCAAAUCCAAGAAACCACCCUCACCUCCUUCCAUUUUCCCCAAGUCUUAUCCAAUAAUCGGUUCCUCUUUCGCCAUCAAAUCCAAUCGAAAGAACCGCCUGCAAUGGAUUACACAAAUCCUCCAGAGCUGUCCCUCUGCAACUUUCACUCUCCAUCACUUAUUUGGUUUUCGCCAGAUCUUUACUGCAAACCCUGCCAAUGUCCAACAUAUGCUCAAGACCCACUUCUUCAUCUACCAAAAAGGCCCCUUCUCUACGAGCGUUCUCUUCGAUUUUCUUGGCAACGGUAUCUUCAACGUUGAUGGGGAGUCUUGGAAGUUCCAGAGACAAGUUUCCAGCCACGAGUUCAACACCAAGUCUCUUCGUAAAUUUGUACAAACUGUUGUUGAUACCGAGCUUCAUGACCGUCUGAUCCCGAUGUUUUCUGAUGCUGCUGUUGAUAAGACCGUGCUUGACUUGCAAGAGAUUCUUCAGAGGUUCGCUAUUGACAACGUUUGCAAGAUCGCUUUUGGGUUUGACCCUGCCUGUCUGUUGCCUUCUUUACCACAGGCACAGUUUGCAGUUGCUUUUGAAGAGGCUACUAACAUAAGUAGCGAAAGGUUCCGCGCUUUUCUUACUAUAACUUGGAAAACCAAGCGAUUUUUCAAUGUUGGAUCGGAGAAAAGACUCAAAAUUGCAGUCUCUCAAGUCCGUGACUUCGCAAAGAAGAUUGUAAGAGAAAAGAAACAGGAACUAGCUGAUAAAUCCUGUUUAGAAUCCGUUGAUCUCUUAUCAAGGUUCUUGAGCACUGGCCAUUCAGACGAGAAUUUCGCUACGGAUAUAGUCAUCAGCUUCAUACUUGCUGGGCGUGACACAACAUCCGCGGCUUUGACAUGGUUUUUCUGGUUAAUAUACAAACACCCUGAAGUUGAAAAGGAAAUUCUCAAAGAAAUCAAAGAGAAAUCCAAUUUGCCAGUGUUCGAGGAAGUUAAAGACAUGGUUUACACACAUGCUUCUCUCUGCGAGUGCAUGAGACUGUACCCUCCAGUCCCAGUGGACAGCAAACUGGCAAUGGAAGACGAUGUUUUACCGGACGGGACGGUGGUAAAGAAAGGAAUGGUAGUGACGUAUCAUCCUUACGCGAUGGGAAGGAUGGAGAAGGUAUGGGGAUCAGAUUGGGCAGAGUUCAAACCAGAGAGAUGGUUGGAGAGAGAUGAGGGAGGGAAAUGGAGCUUUGUGGGGAGAGAUCCUUAUACUUAUGCAGUGUUCCAGGCAGGACCCAGGAUUUGUUUGGGGAAGGAGAUGGCGUUCUUGCAGAUGAAAAGGGUGGUGGCAGGUGUUCUAAGGCGGUUCAAGCUGGUGCCGACGGUGGAGGAUGGGUUUCAGCCGUUGUUUGUUGCUUAUCUGACAUCUAAGAUGGAAGGUGGCCUCCCAAUCAGGAUUGAGGAAAGGAGAAAUUUCGAUUAGCUAAAGC